CUCACAAUUCAACAGCUGCACAGAGAGAUUUGCAAACAUUGAAUAAGAACAAAAUGACCGACAAUUGUAGCAAGGUGAACUAAUUUGGCUAGCUGCUAUUAUUAAUCAAUUAACUAGAUUAGCGACAGGACAUAAUACGCAGUUUAUAUAACUUAUACAUAAUUUCGAUGAAUUGAAAGUUUACCUGGAAAGCCUGAAUUGGAAUCUACUUACUAACUUCCCUGGAUGAAUCACUGAUAAUCUUCCACAAUGAUAUUCAGAAACGUCAUCCAGUAACUCCUUACUUAUAGAAUACUCAAGUAUAUAGAUCAAUUGCACAACUUUUGAGGAAAUGCCAACUCACCCGUUGUUGCCAUAUGUGGAAAGUACUGAUGGACUUGGACAAGACAUUCUAAAUAUUAGUAGUGGUGCUAGCAUGCCAGGGGCUGGCUCCAGCAUGACUCCUCACAGUACCACCAUCACUAACAAAGCCGAGGCUCAGCCCGAGGGAAGCCUGCUGGAAGCCCUGGACUGCAUGUUUUGUGACCAGACCUUCACACACCAAGAUGACCUGGGCCCACACGUCCUGACCCAGCACCCCACAACACUGUUCGAACCAGCCGUUCUGCGUGUGGAGGCUAAGUUCUUGAUCCCAGGUGAGAGGGCCCGGUCCAAACCCAGUUUGCCAUCUGUAAAGGAGGUGGUGUUUAGCUGCGUUGUAUGUGAUCAGGCCACAGAGGGUGCCAGCGAGCUGGAGAGCCACAUGAGGACGCACAAGGACUGUUUCACUUUUCACUGUAACCUUUGUGGCCGUCGGUUCAAGGAACCCUGGUUUCUCAGGAACCAUAUGAGGUUCCAUAAGGCUAAGGCCCAGCAGAACCUGGACGGUCCAGUUAUUAUCAAUGAAGUCAUCCAAGACCAAGUCCCAGCACCCAUAAUCACGCCUUACAAAAUGUGCUUUACCUGUGGCUUCUUUUUCCCCGAUAAAGACCGUUUGGUGGAACACAGCAAAGUACAUAGUAAAGAAUUAGAGGCUGAUGAAGACCGAGAGAAGGAUAGACAGGGAGAUCCCCUCAGUCAACAAGGUUUUUUACAGGCCCUCAACCUUCGCCCCCUCUCUGAGGAAAGUAGUAUGACACCAGAGAGACCCUCCAGGUGGAUUGCCCAACUAGACCCUUUCAACACCUACCAGGCCUGGCAGCUUGCCACCAAGGGAAAGAUAGCAGUUGGUCCAAGUGUGGCUAAAGACGUAGGCCUAAUCCAAGACCACAGCUCUGACAACGAGGACUCUGGCUCAGAUAAAGAACUGACAAACAUCUGGUCAGAAGGCCAAGAAGGUGACAACAAGGGUGUUAAAGACGACUUGGGUAGAGAGCUGAGAUCCAGACAGACUGCAGGAGAGACCCCAUCACCAGAGCCUGAUCAGAAGUCAAGUCGAAAUGACAAGCCUACGCACUGUGAGGACUGUGGGAGGACGUUCAGGACGUACCACCAGCUUGUUCUCCACUCCAGGGUGCACAAGAGGGAGAGGGGUGAGGGGGAGAGCCCCACCGCCUUCAUUGAUGGCAAGCUCUCCAGAGCAGGGUCCCCCAGAGAGGAGGGGUCUGAAGACGGGUCAGAGGACGGAGCACCGGGAGACGCCUUCUAUUCGGUUAAAAAUGAAGAUGGAUUUGAUCGAAUGAAGGCGAAACAUCUUGUGUCCUCCAGGGAAUGUAGUUACUGUGGCAAGACAUUCCGUUCCAGCUAUUACCUCAACAUUCACCUCAGGACGCAUACAGGUGAAAAACCAUACAAAUGUAUAUACUGUGACUAUGCUGCAGCCCAGAAAACCUCACUGAGAUAUCACUUGGAUAGACGUCACAAGGACAAACCUUACACUGACAUCCCCAAUAAGCCUGUGAUAUCAGUGCCAUCUCCCAGUGAGAAAGAAUUAACCAGAAACAGAGAAGACAAAAGGGUCCCCAACCGAUCCAAACUAUGGCCAACUCCCAAUGUCAGGCCUGCAACCAAACCUUGUGCCAAUGAGAAACCAGAGGAUAGAUUUAAUAGCAUCGGUGCCAAGCUUGCCAGCCCACUUGCUCAAGUGAAUGCUGAGUAUGGGAAAUUGAUUUCUACAGCUGUUUACUCCUCUUCUGCAGAUGAUGCACACAUAAAACACCUCGUACCUGUUAACCUGAAGAUGGAAGGAAACGAGACAAAACGCCUCGUACCUGUUAACCUGAAGAUGGAAGGAAACGAGACAAAACGCCUCGUACCUGUUAACCUGAAGAUGGAAGGAAACGAGACAAAACGCCUCGUACCUGUUAACCUGAAAAUGGAAGGAAACGAGACAAAACGCCUCGUACCCGUUAACCUGAAGAUGGAAGGAAACGAGACAAAGCGCCUCGUACCCGUUAACCUGAAGAUGGAAGGAAACGAGACAAAGCGCCUCGUACCCGUUAACCUGAAGAUGGAAGGAAACGAGACAAAACGCCUCGUACCUGUUAACCUGAAGAUGGAAGGAAAGGAAAUAAAAGACGAGGGCUUCGACGCCCCAUUAAAUUUGUCCUUAAAAGUGUCACUUUCCAGCUCUGCCUCCGUAAUACCAAGGAAUACGUUGAUUUCCAGUGUCUGUUCGUCCUGUGCCUUCAGCACUCUGUACCCAGAGGUCCUGCUCAUGCACAAGAAGCUGCUUCACAAGGAGAAGUCCGACACAAACAAGAAGAACAGAAGUGUAAAACUGAAGCGUUACACUGGCUGCCCCCCUGCCCUCGAGGGCAAAGAUGUCAUCCCCCUGCCUCCUGUAGACCGGAGACACCCUCGCCGGACCAAAUCACCAACCCCCCAGCCUCCUGGAAAACCUACAGGAAAGACUCACCCCUCCAACCCUCCUCAUGGGCUUAAACGCUCUCUCACCAAUGAACCCCGUAAGGAGAUGGGAGCCCCGGGACCGGAUAAUCAGCGGUACAGGAUGAUGACGCCACCUAGCACCAGCCAGGGCCAUUCCAGGUUUACAGAGCCAGCAGAACAAUCCAACACCAACGGUAGAAAAGAUGGCAAACCUGUAGUGGAGAGACCAAGGCAGAGCCCAUCGGACAGCAGAGUGGCAAGCGGCUUAAGAAGUGGCCCAGUGAGGAACGGUAGCGGUGUAAUCUGGCCCUCAGAUGCUGCCAGGCUGUGCCUCUCCAGCCGGUUCGGUAGUCUGCCCCCGAUCGACUUUGGUGGUGAACCCUCCAGUAAGAGACAGAGAUACUCUGGGCUCCCCGGAAGGGAAACGGACACUAUUGAUACUGGCUUUAGGAUGGAGGACAGGUACAACAGACUGCUGCCCUCAGGAAGAAAUGGAGCCUCUCCCUCUAACAGGCCACAGGCCUAUGCCCCAGUCAAAGCGUCCAACCCUCCAGCCUCUGCAAGCAGCAGCAGUAUGGAGACUGACUGGAAUAUGAUCAACAUCCUCCGCUCCUACACCCCCAGUGACCUGGCCUCCCUCUACCAUCCUGCUGUGGCUAACCCCAGUCAUGGAGUGCUGACCAACACAAGAGGCAGUAGGCCAUUACUCUACCCAGCUAGUAUGCUACAGAGGAGAGCCUAUUCCAGCCCCAUCAAUAAUGAACGCAGUGGACCCACUGACGAAAGUACUUAACUGUUCUAAUGGUAGGCUAUUGUUCUGGUUGACUUCACCGGCCAUGUUGUAAGUAACUUUGGCUGUCUUAAGUUUUGUGUUGAGAUAAAUAGGAUACAUUUUAUCGCCUUCUGUAGGUUUGAAAUACACUGAGAAGUUCAUGGUACAACCAUCUUCUUUUGAAAGCUUACCUGGAGGAAAGGCCUGACCCAUAGAUGACCUACCCCCACUGAUCUAAACACAUCUAUCUAAUACAACAGAGUUUAGGUUGUAUGCAUUGACCAAUGACUUUGAAUAUCAUAUUGGUAUGGUUGCACUAGAUAAAACAUGUAUAAAGGAGAAAAGUGUUAAGAGGAUAAGUUACCUUUUGUUUGUUAAUAUGCUGCUCUGUCUGAUAUGACGUACAGUCAGCAAUCAAAGGACCAUGUUUUUGUCAAAGCACUGAUGUUGGAUAGGGUUUUAUCUGACAUAAAGCUUGACGUCUUAGUUUACAAAACAAAAGCUGUAUGUUGACGUAUCCUGCCUCAAACUCAGUUUAUAGACUGUUGACGCUAAUAGUAGGCAGUUAUUUUUGUGAUGAUAUGAAGCUGCUGUAGCUAUCAUGUCUACUAUUGAGCCAGUGCAUUUUGGAGAGUUGGGAGCAAAUGUCUGAUGUGCCUAUAAGUAGUUAUUCACUGGAUAAACAUUAUGAUCAGAGCCUGAAGCCAGGGAUUCUUGCUACUGGGAAUUCUGUGAAAUGUACAUAGAAAAGGCUGCUGGUUCUGUUCUGCCUAUAGAUUCCUCACAACCGACUAUGCUGUAACAGUGGUAAAACAUGGACCAAAUAUCAAGAGAAUAUCUGAGGGAUUCAACUUUUUGUGUGCAAAAAUACUGUUCAGAUGUUCUUUUUUUAGACCGACUGUUCUUCCAUACAGUAUUCAGGACUCUGUUCAUGUUAUGCAGGAUCUUAAGAUGGUUAUUAAGUAUUUUGCCUCAGGUUGGGUUGUGUUAACUUGUCUGCCUGCUUUGUCACUGGUUUUUCUGCAGCUGUGGUCUACUACUUGUUGAUUCUGUAUAUAAGUCAGGGAGCGCAGAGUGAAAGCCUUACUGCAGGAAUAGCUCAACAUUGUACACUGAAGAAAAAAUGGUCUCAGGUUUCAGAACUCAAUUUGAUUUGACCUCUAUCAUUCUACUUAAUUUAUGCAUGAACUGUUACAAAUUAAUGCACAUGAUGUGGGAAGCGUUCUGAUAUUUUCAAGUAAUUUGGGUACAUCAGACUUCUGUUAUUUCAUAUUUUUGCUGUUAUAAUUAUUUGGGUGUUUUAUUUAUUUCUGUUAAUGUUUUGUUUUCUACAUGUGUGAGCAAUGUAAAAAGUGAAAUAUUGUUUAAGAGUUGUAUGACCAUUACCAUAUAAUAAAGAGUGAAUGACAUUUGGUGCAUAGACGAGUAGUGUUAUAAUAUUUGCUUGUGCUGUUUGAGAAUUUCUACAGUUAUCUUUCCAAGUGUUACUAUAGGCCUACCACCUUCCUGUUUAUGUAACCUUGAAACAACUUUUGAAACUUUUUUUCGUCACUGGAAAUUGACAAUUUCAGAUUUCAGUAUUAGCCUAGGUAAUUCUUGUGACUGAUACUGGAGUUAAAAUUACUGCGAUUUGAGAUGCAAUGCUAUGUCUGCCUAUGCUGCUCUACUGUACUUUAUACAAUAUGCUUUCCCCAAGUGUGGUUUACAUUAGCCUAAUAAAUGAUAGCCAUGUCAAUACA